GGGGGCUCAGAUAUGGAGGCAAAUGGGAGCCAAGGCACCUCGGGCAGCGCCAACGACUCCCAGCACGACCCCGGUAAAAUGUUUAUCGGUGGACUGAGCUGGCAGACCUCACCAGAUAGCCUUAGAGACUAUUUUAGCAAAUUUGGAGAAAUUAGAGAAUGUAUGGUCAUGAGAGAUCCCACUACGAAACGCUCCAGAGGCUUCGGUUUCGUCACGUUCGCAGACCCAGCAAGUGUAGAUAAAGUAUUAGGUCAGCCCCACCAUGAGUUAGAUUCCAAGACGAUCGACCCCAAAGUUGCAUUUCCUCGUCGGGCGCAACCCAAGAUGGUCACAAGAACAAAGAAAAUAUUUGUAGGCGGAUUAUCUGCGAACACGGUGGUGGAAGACGUAAAACAGUACUUCGAGCAGUUUGGCAAGGUGGAGGAUGCGAUGCUGAUGUUUGAUAAGACGACCAACAGGCACAGAGGGUUUGGCUUUGUCACAUUUGAGAAUGAAGAUGUUGUGGAGAAAGUCUGUGAGAUUCAUUUCCAUGAAAUCAAUAAUAAAAUGGUAGAAUGUAAGAAAGCUCAGCCUAAGGAAGUCAUGUUCCCACCGGGGACAAGAGGCCGGGCCCGGGGGCUGCCUUACACCAUGGACGCAUUCAUGCUUGGCAUGGGAAUGCUAGGCUACCCCAACUUUGUGGCAACCUAUGGCCGCGGCUACCCUGGAUUUGCUCCUAGCUAUGGCUAUCAGUUCCCAGACUAUAUGCCGAUUUCACAAGACAUAAUUUUUAUCAACUAGCUCUUAAGAGGGGCAUAACAAAGUGGGGUUUGCUACCAUUGCUAGACAGAGGACACAGUCCGGCCGCCGGCCGCUGUCCGUGCCCCCACCGAGACUGUCCUAGCUGCCCAUUUGAACGAAUGUUCUCUUUCUCGUUUUUAAUUCUUGGAGAAGACUCAUUUCUUCCUUCAGUUGAAAAAGCAAAUUGUUGGUCUUGUGCGAUUCCCCUGGCAUUUGGCUUCUUGCACACAGUGUAAGCAUCCUCCCCGCCCACCCCCGCCUCCCACCCUCACCUGGAAUGUAACGGGCCGGAGGGAAACUUCUCACAAACUCUGUAGAGCCUCUCAGGGGAAUCCAGGACUCAGGCUUCAAAUUACUUUGAAUAUUGAGCUGUUAGUGCUGAUGGCCCAUGGGAGUUGGGGAUGUGUGACUUGGAGUGCCUAGGUCCUGUAGUGGACAGUACCAAAAGUGAACACACACACACACACACACACACACACACACACACACACACACCCCUUCUGUUUCUGUAAAUACUAAUGUGUGGGAAAUGGGAAGAAAAACUAUCUGAAAAGCCAGCAUUGUCUUUCUUUGGGGGCCAGUCCAUCAAUGGCUGUUGUCAAUAAUAUUAAGUCCACCUGUCUCGGAGAAGAAACAGCGGAGGCCCCUGGGCACCGCCGUGUUUGGGCACUGUGGACACAGAUCCACGCCAGGCCGCUCCUUCCCCAGCACCCCCGCCCUCACCUCUCUGCCCCCCCCGGCCUUGUGUUCCCUGCUGGCAUCACGGCCCCUUGGCCCACAGGGGUGGGAGGGGACAGAACAGAACACAGAGGGUCUCUCCAGGUCUGAUUGGCACCCCUGAUGUCACCCCUCCGGAAGGGCUUGCCUUUCCCAUGAUCCUGAUCCCCUCCACGUCUGCAUCUGAAAUAAAAUACCCCCGCCCUCUUGGAUUAAUGGAGUAUGACUCCACAGGACCCUCAAGAGUCACCCCUUUGUUCACGCUCAGAGUUUGUGAGAAGUGACCCGCAUGUUUCCAUUGGAUGCUUGGAAGGUGAGCAGAUCCGCCUGUUUGAAUGUCACUGUCCUUGAGACCCACCCUGCGUGGUUUGGUCCAUCUCAUUAAAGACGCGUGACGUAGGAACUGGUCCUUUCAUCCUCCUGCAGGCCUUUUCAUGAGUGCUGUUUUUUUAAAGCGUGUCUGUACAGCUCCCUCCCAUCCCGCCUUUAUUUUGUUUUGCUAUGCAUUGCUUUGCUUUGGCGAACUUGUCCUGUAUGCUCGCCUCACAGACGUGAUGGCCACUGUGGAUUUCCUUCAUCUCUGUAAAUAGUUCAUCUGUGCUUCUCCCUAAUGACGGUUUAUUUUUUCCCCCUGUAAGCAACUGAGGUAGAAAAAUAAAUUGUUGAUCACGGA